GGGCGAUGGAGGAUGAACAAAGGAUGGCGUGGAAGCUCGCAGUGAUGAGGGAGAAGAAGAGAAGAGUGGAGGCGGCGAAUGCGGCAAUGCAGGAACUGGAGGAGGUGAGGGCUGCCGUAACAACACAAUUGAUUCCGCAAGUGGAUCUCCAACGUAAAGUGGAGAUCAUCGCCCAGAGCGUUGAGCGGUUAGCUAAAGUGCAAGAAAGGCACUUUGAGUUUAGUCGCAGCCAGGAGAUAUCUGUACGCUCGAUGCGAACUGGCUUACGGGAUUUUGCUCGCGAACUAGUAGGCGCUGUGGGAUCCGAGGUGAGUCAUCGCCUCGAGAAGACUGAGCGUUUUUGUGUCGGCGCCAUCGAAGGCGUCAAGGUGGCCGCUCCCAAGGAGGAGGAGGCCCGUCCUCGCAGGGAGCCAGUCAAAGUCAAAUUCCCUGAUUCCUACAGCGGGAAAAGGGAAGAGAACUUUGACAAUUGGGAGGCCAAUGUUAAGACCUAUGUGCAUUUGCAACAGGUUUCCCCGGAUCAGCAGGUCCUAAUUGCGAUCCAUGCACUUAGAGACGAGGCCGCCAGUUUCGCGAGAUCCCUUGUUCGUGCUGCCAACUGUAGUGACGAUCCAGUUGCGUACUCUUCAUUUACGUCCCUCACCGCGAGCGAUUUGCUGAUGUCGCUCGCAGCAUAUUUCCGCCUAGAGAAGGAUGGGAAAGUGGAGAAGGUCCUCCACUCCCUGACUCUCCUCGUAGAAGACAGCCUCCCAUUUGAUAUUGUCUUGGGAAUGGAUUGGGGAGAGGCAGCCGGGGCGACGCUCCAUCUGCUGGAGCACGAGUGUAGGCUUCUUAGUUCCUCAGGCGAGGCUCAGACUGCCCGCCUGUUCCAUGUGUCAGGGGUAGAGAAUUCCCUGGCGCAUUGCUGCCUGAGUGCCCCCGCGUUCGCCAGAUUAGUGAAGAAGGAGAAAUUGAAUGAGCAGGUCUUUGUUGCCUAUGUGAGGCCAGUGACUGGGCCUACGGAAGAAAAACCGAUGGACCCUGCGAUUGCCAAGCUGCUGGGAGAGUUCAAGGACCUAACCGAGCCGCCAAUAGGAGUGGUACCGCGGCCCAUCCAGCACCGUAUUGAGAUAGAGACUGGCAGUAGGACUCCUAAGGGCGCUGUAUAUAGGAUGUCCCCACGGGAGUUGGAGGAGCUUCGCAAGCAGUUAGACGAGCUCCUCGAGAAGGGUUGGAUUAGGCCCAAUUCGUCCCCUUUCGGAGCGCCUGUUCUCUUUGUUUCUAAGAAAGAGGGAGAGCUGAGAAUGUGCAUAGACUAYAGGGGUCUGAAUGCUAUUACAGUGAAGAAUGCUGAGCCACUGCCAAGGAUAGACGAUCUCUUAGAUCGAGUGCAGGGGGCCAAAUAUUUUUCUAAGGUAGAUUUAAAGUCCGGAUAUCAUCAAAUAGAGGUACAUCCUGAUGAUCAGUAUAAGACAGCUUUCCGGACUAGGUACGGGCAUUAUGAGUUUAUAGUGAUGCCCUUUGGACUAACCAACGCGCCAGCUACGUUCCAGUGCUGUAUGAAUGAUUUGUUUAGGCCAUGGUUAGACAGAUUUGUCGUAGUUUAUCUAGAUGACAUUCUCGUGUUUAGUAGGACCCUCGAAGAGCACCAGGGUCAUCUCAGGCAGGUCUUGGAGAAGCUGAGGGAAACUAACUUCAAGAUCAAUGCAAAGAAGUGCGAUUGGGCGAAGACCCAAGUUUUGUAUUUAGGCCACGUCUUAGACGGAGAUGGCGUUAAGCCAGAGGAUAGCAAGAUCGCAGCGAUUAGAGAUUGGCCCACGCCACGUACGCUGACAGAGUUGCGCUCGUUCCUGGGCUUAGCUAAUUACUACAGGAAGUUCGUGAAGAACUUCUCCACCAUCGCUGCGCCCCUUCACAGAUUGUUGAGGAAGGAGAUCAUCUGGAAGUGGGAUAAGGAGUGCACGUCUGCCAUGAAGAAGUUAAAGCAGGCAUUAAUAGAGUAUCCAGUCCUUAAAGUCGCCGAUCUGUCCUUGCCUUUUGUCGUUACUACGGAUGCUAGCCAGUACGGCAUAGGCGCAGUGUUACGACAAGACGAUGGCAAUGGCUAUAGACCCGUGGAGUUCAUGUCCGCCAGGAUGCCUUCAGAGAAGGUCGCGACAUCUACCUACGAGAGGGAACUCUACGCUCUCAAGCAAGCGCUAGACCACUGGAAGCACUACUUGCUUGGGAGGCACUUCAAAGUCUAUUCUGACCAUGAAACRUUACGAUGGUUAAAGACGCAUGCCAAGAUGACACCUAAGCUUACUAGGUGGGCCGCAGAGAUAGAUCAGUACGACUUUGAGCUCAAGCCUGUCAAAGGGAGUACAACGUAGUUGCGGAUGCUCUGAGUAGAAGAGCUGAUUAUUUUGGGGCAAGAGUACAUUACCUCGAUAUAGGAAAGGAUCUGCAACAGCAGGUUAGAGAAGCCUACGCGCAUGACCCUAUCUAUG